UGCUGUCGGUGAGGAGAUCCGCUUGAGAGGUGCGAAAAUGUUGGAGCUAAACGAAACGGACGCCGUGCUACACCCGAUGGCCAUGACGAUGGGUGAGGGCGAGAUCCCGAGGCUGCUCGGGUGGAACCUGCCGCCGGAGGAGCAGUACUUGGUGCACGAGCACUGGAAGGGCUACCCGGCGCCGCCGUACUACAUGCAUCUGCUGCUCGCCAUGCUCUACUUCGUCCUGAUGAACACCUCGCUCGUGGGCAACGGAAUCGUGCUGUGGAUCUUUGGAACGUCGAAAUCGCUACGCAACGGUUCGAACAUGUUCAUCAUCAAUCUGGCCAUCUUCGAUCUGCUGAUGAUGUGCGAGAUGCCCCUGUUCCUGGUAAACUCGGCCUCGGAGCGCUUGGUCGGGUACGGGGUGGGGUGCUCGGUGUACGCCGCCCUCGGCAGCAUGUCCGGCAUCGGGGGCGCCAUCUCGAACGCCGUCAUCGCGUUCGAUCGCUACCGGACGAUCUCGAACCCGCUCGACGGGCGACUGAGCCGGGUCCAGGCCGGGCUGCUGAUCUGUAUGACGUGGCUCUGGACGCUCCCGUUCACGGUGCUGCCCCUGUUCCAGAUCUGGGGCCGCUACGUGCCGGAGGGCUACCUCACGACCUGCUCGUUCGACUACCUGACCGACGACCAGGACACGCGCGUGUUCGUCGGCUGCAUCUUCACCUGGGCCUACGCCAUCCCGAUGGCGUUCAUCUGCUACUUCUACGCCCGCCUGUUCGCGCACGUCCGCCAGCACGAGCUGAUGCUGAAGAACCAGGCCCGCAAAAUGAACGUCGAGUCGUUGGCCGCAAACCGGAGCGAAAAGUCGCAAGCGGUCGAGAUGCGCAUCGCCAAGGCGGCCUUCACGAUCUUCUUCCUGUUCGUGUGCGCCUGGACACCGUACGCGAUCGUCACGAUGAUCGGAGCCUUCGGUGACAGGACACUUCUUACGCCGCUCGUCACGAUGGUGCCGGCGGUCUGCGCCAAGAUCGUGUCCUGCCUCGAUCCGUGGGUGUACGCCAUCAGUCACCCGAAGUACCGGAAGGAGCUCGAACGACGGCUACCGUGGAUGGGCAUCAGCGAGUCGGACGACGCGCUCAGCAACACCGACAGCAAGACGACCGUCGUCUCGGAACAGCUGGGCUCCGACCAGACGCCGUCCAAUUGA